GUUCUCGCUGCCGCUUCUCCUCGAUUCGCACGAACGAAUCCGCGUCGUCAUUCGCGAACGUGUAAGACAGAAGUGUACACGAAGCACGUGCGCGCGCGGCUUUGUGCGACGGAGAAGCCUGCUCCGUCGGCUCGGAGGAAGCCCCGAGAAGUCUCGACGGGAAUAGACGGGCGCGAGUCUCAUCGAGCGUUCUUCUUCUCGCCGAGUUCUUCACGCGGCCGAGGGGGCGAAGAAUCGUCGACGAGGACGGCGAGGACGGUUUUCGCAGAGAACAUUUUCAUUUGAACGCGAUAUUGGCUGAAGACUUGUCAAUAUACUCGACACCGUGGUCACGUAAGCCUCAGGCAGAAUCAUUCAAUCGAGUCUUUCUCGAGAAAAGAUUACUUCUGAAUCGGUUAUCAGAUAAUUUUCUCGCACUGUGUGAUUCACGUCCCGACGGUUUUUCGCCUCGCCGACAACGACGGCCGCACAAUAAAGAGCGCCGUGACGGUUUCCUCAACCGCGAUCAACCGUGCCGGGGAAGUGAUUUAAGGACGGUGUGCUGAGGACAGCCGAAGAAAAAGAGGCUCUCUCGGUGAAAUGAGCGGCGAUUUAGCUCGGCACGUGGAACGAACUGUAGCCUGCUCGGCGGUUCUCCUCGCGGAGUGUUCUUGUUGAUUGUACGGCGCCCCAUUGUACAAGUUGCAACGUUCCGUCACAAUACGAUAAGUAUCGGAUACCAGCCAGCCGGCCGGCCAAGAACGAGUCAGGAUGAUUCUCCGCCGAAAAUCGCCGCACACCUGCAAUUGCCCCUGCCAUCAACACUGCUCCACCAAAUGCACAGAAUUUUCCACGUUCAUCUUGUAUUCCCGACGAAACGAGAUGAUUUAAACGCUCGUUUUGGAAGUUAAUCGACCGUCUGUUUCAAUCGCACGGUAAACCACAAGAAAUUUAUUCUUACCGAAUAUCGUGAUUAAAAUCGUGAUUGCGAUCACGUCUAUCCGAAGAGAGCUGUUUCAAAUGUGUUCGCGAGAAUUUUCGCGACAGUGCGCCUUGCUCGCGCACGGCCCUGGACGAGUGCUGUCCCCUCUACCUAAUAACACGAACUAUCGUACGCCAUAUCGUCGGGAGUGUUGGCUGCUGAAUACCGUGUGAUUUAUCGUGAAUAGCUCGAGAUCGAGCUUGCCGAAGUGCGGUUUCGUGGACCGGACGUCCGUCGAACGACAGCCCGAGCCGCCCGAGACGCGGUGCUCGCCGUACACGUUCAAACAACGAUAAAUUAAGGAGAUAUAACAGCGACUGUUAUACAAUUUCGAUGGACAUCAUGGAAGCAAUAUUAAAAGAAGAUGAAACGCCAGGACAAACGGAGUGUAACACAGUAUCGAGUGUAGUCGCUGACAAAAAUGUAUCAUCUAAGGAGUCAGAAAUGACAUGUGUGGAUACAAAGGUGAAACAAAAGGCGCGCAAGGAAGACUUAUCUACUGCCAAGUCGAAGAAGCCCGACACCAAGGUCAAAGCCAAGAAGAUUCGCAGCCUGCGUCCGCCUAGUUACGACCCCACCAGUCUGGAGGACAGUCCAGCGCAGGUGGUGGAGCGCUUCAAGAGGGGCUGUGAAUGCAUCGACGAUCAGUGCUUCAAGGAUCUGAAUCCCGAGGUGGUUUAUCGGCACAGACUGAACAUCGCGGAGCUCACCAAGGCCGAGCACGACAUGUACCUGAUGGGUGUCACGAUGGCGUGCUUGACCGACCCUUACCAGACUGCUCGACACACGGAGCGACGUAGACUACGCGCUCAGUACGUUUACCAGGGUCGCAGGGUGUGCCUGGACGCGUUCCUGUACCUGGAGAACUGCACGCAUUACCAGAUCAAGCGCAUCAGGAAGCAUCUGAUGACGCACGGUGUUACGCCGCGAGUGCACGGGAAUUACGGCAAGGUGCCGCACAAUACGUUCUCGUUGGACAUAUACAAGAUCGCCACGGAGUUCUUGAAGAACUUCAUCGAGGGCCAAGAAGCCAAGCAGAAGACCAAGCUGUCGAAGAACGCGCCGUUGCACCUGCCGCCAGACAUCAGCCGGAAAACCGUGCACGACAUGUACACGGAGUACUGCAAGAUAGUGUCGCCCGACGUGAAGACCAUGGGCUACUCGACGUUCCGGAGAUUCAUGAAGGUGCAAUUCCCGCAGGUCAAGUUCGCCAAGCUGGAGUUUGUGGUGAGAAACCAGAGCAUGCAGAGUCACUCUCAGACCGAGCUCGAGACGACGACGACCACCACGUCGACGUCGACGCAAAGCGACGGUCAGCAGUCGCCCAAGGCUGACUUGGUCAGCCCGGAAAGUGGUGGCGCGAUAUUGCCGUUGGUGCUGACCGACGAUGGGCAGAACGACACGUACCUCUUGACGCCGAUCAGGAAGCUACGGGACGGUGUCAGUUAUCAGGUCACCACUGGCGGACUAGUGCUCAACAGAACUAUCGCACUGCCGAAAACGAACACGGUGUAGACUGGAGACCGACUGCGUACAGAUGAUAUGCUAAUACGUGUAUACGUGUGAAUGUGAUAUGUGUUUAUGCUGAGAUCUUAAUUAGUGACGACGCCUACUCUGAGCCUAAAAUCGGACGCGUUGAUACUAUCAGACAAGUAAACAAGUUACGUUAAGGGUUUUGAAUGAAGAGGUGAAUUUAGAAUUGAAUGAAUAUCUCAUCAGUGUGUGUAAGAGAAAAAAAUAGUAUUGAAUUAUACGUAAGAUCUUGUAUAAGUUAUGUUGUACCUAUAUUAGGUCGUCUUUGUCGAUGUACGUCUUUUGUUGCAUUACUCAACCGAGUAAGUAUUGUAAGUUACCUUGUUUUAAAAGUUUGUAGUUUAUAUAUAAU